AUGACUGUGUGUAAAGUGUUUUUAUACGGAUUAAAACCUUGUGAUAUUGGUAGUAGCACGAAUGACAACAUUUCUGACGCGACGUAUCAACGACAAAAUUCAUUAACAUCAAUGUUCGCCACGGAAAAAUCAGUGCCGGCAGAGAACAAUUUUUUAAACAUCGACAUUAAACCUGUCUUAACGCCAAUGAGUUCGCGUUCUUCAACAGCAAGUAGUGACACAGGUCAUGAAUCAAGUCCCAUCCGUGUAGCCAUUCGUCAAACACCCCGCGGCCGUUAUCGUAUUUGUGUUUCUCAAUCAUUACUACGGCCACGUGUCGGUGAUAUUUAA